GGCUGCAGGAGAGGCCCUGAGGUUCCCCUCGUGCGGAACGCCCGAACCGCACCAGCCUCGCGGGCUCCUGGGCCAGGGCCGCCGGCCGUAGGGCUGCGCGUCGAGCCAGCGGUGCCCGGAGUGAGGCUCAGGCGGUGUGUCCGGCUGGGAAGCCUCCUGGGGCUUAGGCCGCGGAGGGGGAACGCUGACGGCCGCCUGAGCCUCGCGGCGUAGGGGAACCCGGCGGGCGCGGUGGGUGGCCCCCGCCACGGUCCUGGUCGCCAGGCCCCCGGCUCUCGCCGCCGUUCUCUGUUCGUUUUUGAAAAAAUAGUAGCGUCAAUCGAAACCGUUAACCCGUGUUGGAGAAAUUAUGAAGGGUUCCUAUACUUGAGCAUCCACCUUCCAAGGCCCGCUGUGAUCACAAGGGUCCUUAAAAGUGGAAGAGGAAAACAGACGAAGAGUCAGGGAAAGAGAUGCGGUGAUGAAAGAAAGGUCUGAGGGAUGCUGUGUUGCUGGAUUUGAAGAUGGAAGAAGGGGAGCCUGAGCCAAGGAAUGCGGGCAGCCUCUAGAAGCUGGAAAUGGACACUGCCCUGGAGUCUCCAGAAGGAACACGGUCCUGCCAGCACCUCAGUUUUAACCCAGUGAGACCCAGGUCGGACUUUGAACUACAGAACUAUGACUUAAAAAAUGAUUCAAAGCUUGAGUGGCUUACUCUCAACACAUUCCUGAAAUCAACAGCAACUUCUGAAAGCUCGCCUCUUCUCUGCUCACCAGUUCUCCAACAGGAUCACGAUCAUUGUCCCAAAAUGUCCGCUGUGGGGGUUGAAGUUCACCUGUCAUUUAUGAGGAUGUUUGACACUCUCAGGUCCUUCUUGAUGCAUGCCUUUGGUAUUUCCUCUGCCUCAACUUGGUGUGAUGAGAAGACCGAACGACCACAGAAUUCUGGCCAAGCCCAAGUUAACUUGUUUUCUGAAACUGAAAAAUGGUCAAUUUCAAGAACUAAAAUGAAGUCACUUUACACAGAGCCGGGAAGAGGAGAGCAUAAUCCUCCUGACCAGAAACCAGUCCAUCAUCUGCCACCGGCUAGAUCCAGUGGAUAUUGGUGCCACCGGCCAUCCAGGAAUCUGAGAUGGGCACUGAUUACUUGCCCCAGUUCUCCCCCCAAAUUACUGACCCUGCUUUCUGCUUCAGGUAAUGGGAGUCCAGCUGUGCUUUUCCGCACUCUUGAAGUCUGCAGCAGUCUGUGAUCAGUACUUAGAGGCUUAACUGUGGCAAUGGAAAGCAGGACGAGCUCCACACUUGGCAAAAAAUAGUUGUAGUGCCCCUUUCAUUUAUGUAUAACUUUACAUUACAAAGCCCAUUCACAAUCAUCAUUAAUUAAACCUGCCACUCAAUGUCCUCGGAGGUACGACUGAAUUAGUCUACUCACUUGACCCCCUACAAAACAGAUAGAAAGGCUUAGGGAUUUGCCGAAGUGAAGUGGUUCAAUCAAGGAAGCUUGGCCCAGUUCUUUUUUUCUCAUUCAUUCUUUUUCGCCUGGAAGAGGCCUUCAGGGCGCCCAGCUCUUAACUCCAAGCAGGUUAAAGAAGUCAACUGGGAAGAGCGUUUUGGCAGGGAUACGGCAGCAGCCUAGACCAGAGCAGCAGUGUGGGCUUGAAUUAUUUGAAAACAGCCAAGUCAUAUUCUUCUGAUUCCCAGUGGAUGUUAGACGUGCACACACACACACACACACACAAUUUCCCCUAUCAGGCCAGGGAGCAGGACCAGGACAUUGGGACGUAGUUGGAACAUGGCUUAUGAGCAUGCUACAUUUGACCUGGUGACAAAGCUGCCCACCCACCACCCACAUUUCAACCCUCUGUUACCAGAUCCUUUGUAUCCAGUUUUUUUUUUUAAUUUUUUAUUUAAAAAAAAUUUUUUUAAUGUUUAUUUAAUUUUGAGAG